AUGCCGGCGCGAGCGAAGACCUUGGACGAAGGGGCAGGUUCACGACCGAUCUCACCUCGCUAUGCAGCCAUCUGCAUUCUGAACGCACUGCCUCUCGACGUGCUCUUCGAGGUAUUCGGUUACGUGGACCCUAUAUCUCUCCUUCACCUCUCGCGCACCUCAAAGGCCCUCAGAAGCACCCUCAUGAGCCGCUCGUCGAUCUGGAUUUGGAAGCGGUCCUACGCCACCACGAACCACGGGCUCCCACCGGCGCCAAAGGACCUGACUAUACCCCAGUUCCUCGAGCUCGCAGUCGACAGAACAUGUGAUUACUGCCAUCGGGAGCUGACAGAAGAGACGACGUUCUAUGAGAUCCAUGACUCUCUAUACAUCUUCUGGACCGCGCGCUUGCGGAGUUGCUCUCGGUGCCAUGUCAAAAAGAGGUACUUCAUAGCUGAGAAGGACAUGGACGAGUACGAGAUUGUACGCGCUGUGCGGCACUACUUCGGGCCCGAAUUCCCGCUACCUACCUUGUUCCUCAGUUGCCGGAUAAAUCGCACUCCUAGUCCUUAUAACUCAUAUGCACGUGUGAAGAUCGAGCAGCUGUCGAAGGAUUUUGAGGAGGAGACCAACGGCAAGCCUGUCGAGGAUAAGAAGGCGUGGUUUCUACAGAAGGUGGCUGAACAUGAGGUUAUACUCGAGCAUGCCAAAGUCUGCAAGAAAUGGGAGUCUGCAGAGAAGAAGAAAAGGUCGGCGAGGAAACAAGAAAUACGGGACGCGAGGUUUGAAGAAAUCGUGAAGAGGUUGAGCAAUCUGACUUCGCCAGAGGUAACGGAAGUGUGCUACGCUACCUUGCUAUUUGCGAGGGAUCCCUUCGUCUCGAAAGCGAAGCCGCUCACAGACGAAGAAUGGGUCCAGGACCGCGACCGGCUGCUCGAGUGGGUGCAGAAGAUGUGGGAGGAUAGUGUGCGCUCGGAGAGGCGCAGGAUCCUUGAAGAGCGGUAUCUUUCGCUCAAGAAGGUCUACGAUGAAUUUGUGGGCAGCUUCAUCAGCAGCGGCUCGCGCGAGGCUCGAGGCCUCCCGCGAAUCGGAGAUUUGGUGACAUGGAAGGAAGUGGCCGAAGUCAUCGAAGGCACACCGCUCGAGCUGGAGCUCUUGGGUGAAGACCUGCGGGAGCUCAUCGACCAACUCGCACAGACGCGGCGAUUUACCGAGUGGCGAGAGGCGUGCGAGAACGCGCUCAUCGCAAAGCUUGACGCUGCGGCGGCUGCGCGAGCGCAGAGGACAGGCACGGAGCGCAAGCGUCCGGCAAGCGCCGCGGACCUCACACUCGCCGCGACCGUGUUCUGGUGGCGACGCGACAAGCCCUGCUGGUACCCCGAGCUGCUCGCGCGCACCCCGCAGCUCUGGUCGGCGGCAAACUUCGACGACCCGCAGCACAUGGUUGGCCACUGGGCAUGGUCCGCGCGCUUGUUCAGUGCCGAUCUGAGGGACACGACCGCGCGGCUGGUGACUUUGGCGGGAUUGGACCCCGGGACGGCGACACCCGAGGAUAUGGACGCGCGCGACGCCUGGUUUACGCCCGCGGAAUGCGCUACGCACAACCACAAGGACGCAAUUGCCAUGACGUGGCGGAGAACGGUGAUGCAAAGCAGACUGACCGCUGACUUCGUGCUUGUCUCGGACGAGGACAGUGCGCUGGCGCGGGCGCAGCGCACGCAGAUGGGCGCGUUCGAGGGACAUGUCUUCAUCCCAACGAUCUGGAAGGAGGAAGAGGCGGAGGUAGCUAAGUGCGCCAUGAGACGGUCGUUGAGACUAAAGAAUGCUGCUGCCAGGCGUGACAAGCAAGGCAACGCGCAUGACAGUCGCCACUCGCAAGCACCCGCCACGCCACUGACCCCGUCGCGCAAGCGUCAGAGGACAAGGAAGAGCAUCGUCGGCGAAGACAGAAAACCUGGAAGGAAGCUCGAUAUGUCUGCGUCUGCUGCCGCUUUCCAGCAAAUGCCUCUCGACGUGCUGUAUGAGACUUCGAAGGCCUUGCAUAACACGCUACUAGACCGCUCCUCAAGCACAUUGUGGAAGGAGGUUUACACCGCGUCCACCGGCCACGAACUGCCACCGGCAUCCGAAGACUUGCCGGUCCCGCAGCUCGCCGUCCUGAUCAACGACUAUACUUGCUCACGCGCGUUUACGGUGCUGCGAGGAUUGCCUACCAUCGGAAAAGACCAAUUUAGCGGGCAUGUUGUCCAUGAAGAUGCGCUGGCCAUCUUUAAGAACCUGUGCGACGUGCGCAGCCUUCCCGGCUUCCCUGCCUUUGCGUUAGUAGAUAGUCCUCAUCGGCUGUACACCACAGCGCCGAUUGGAGACUUCGUCAGAGAAUACGAGAGGGAUUAUGUGGAUCGGCCACUCGAAGACACAAAAGCCUGGAUCACCGCUAAGGCUGCAAAGUUCGAAGCUAUCAGAAAGCAUGCCCUGGCGUGCGAACAAUGGGAGAGGAAUAUCAUGGUGAAGUACAAUGCAUCGCGCGAGCAGCUGAGGGAGGAUAGGCGCGAAGCCAUCCUUGAACGGUUGGAGGAACUCGGGCUUGCUAGCGAGGUGAGGCCCGCGCGCAACUGGGAGCGCUUCAUCUACCACUCGCUCGUGUGGAGCUCGGCGCCGCUGACGGAACAAGGCUGGAGAGACAUUCGCAAGCCUUUGCUCGAGUUCGUGCGCAGCCUUCGGGAUGAGCGAAGGUCGGAGAAGAGGCGAAAGGUCAUAUCUGACCGAUACUACAUGCUCGGUCGGGUUUACGAGGACUACCUACGCAGAAAGACGGUGUCACUGCCCGGUGAAGCGCGUCUGGAGAUGACCCCGGAUCGCUGGGCUCACCUCGGCAUCGGCGACCUGGUGAGGUUCCCGGAAGUCACGGCCCGCAUCGAGAGCACACCUGUAUCGAAGACUCUCACCGAGGCCAACAUGCGCGCGCUGAUCAACAAGGUCGCUCAGACGCAUUUCGAUACGUGGCUCACCGGGUGCGAGACCGCGCUGGUCGAUCUGCUGAACCAAGCGGAUCCACGACGCACGCCGCCGGCGACGUCGGCAGACCUCCAUCUCGCGGCGACCGUGUUCUCAAGCGUGCACCAGCGGCGGAGGUUCUUGUAUCCCGAGGUGCUCGGCCAUCGCCCAGCGAUGCUGUCCAGGAAGAAGCGAUCGGUGAGGGAUGUGCGACCGGAGGACGUCGUGCGGCAGCGCGCGUGGUCGGCGAAGGAGUUUAAGGUCGAUCCUACCCGACUGCGCCUCGCCGAGAAGGUCGUCGAGCUAGCGGGGCUGGAUCCAAGGACGGCGACCCAAGCAGACAUGAACAGGCGGGAUGCGUGGUACGCGUUCGUGGGCAAUCCGAUCAACAGGAAGAAUGGCAGGGACUCUGAAUCGAUGACGUGGAGAGAUGCAGUGGUAUGUUUGUUGCUGCUUUUCUUGGUCGUCUCCCGAACUGACGGGCGCGUCUCGCGAUUUUACAGCUUGCCUGCGACGAUGCUGACUGGCAGGUGGAUCUCGUACUGCUAUCGGAGAAGGAGACUGUGCUGGCUCGCGAGAAGGGUCGCGACAGUGGGAUGAACCUUGGUCCGAUGGGUUCUCAACCCUUCCUAGCCUAAUAAGCAGCAAAAGGAUCUAGGGCAAGCGUCGGGUGUCAUCCACGUACCUUUUCGAUGGCGUAUAGACGUGUCCG